AUGCGAAAAAGAGCAACCAAUUCUAUUGAUGUUCGUUCGGCGAAGAAAAAGAAUGCGGCGUCAUCGUUGAAUUGGCUAUUUGAAUCCAAGAGGAUCACAUUUAACAUUAGUCCCAUCACUAGCGUAUUAUUCUUGUUACUUCUCAUAUCCAUUUUUGUCACAUACGAAAAGCAUAAGGAACAAGCUGUGUGUCGGGUGUUGAAUGAUUGUCAAGAGAAAAUCUCGUGGAUAUCUGUCCCUGAACCCACGAACUCAACAGAAUACCUUCAUUUAGGUAAUGGAGCAUUCGUUUAUCGGCACAUAUACAUGGAUGAGUUUGAGCAAGAAUUUAAUAUAAUUGAUCCGGAUAUCUCCAGAUAUAUUUCGAAGUAUAACCUUACUUUUCGUUUAAGGAAUGACACUGAGAUCGAUCAGUCUGAGGUUGAAACGGCUCUUGAAGAAACUGCUCGUUACGCUCACGUUGUCAAAGAACAAAAAUACCAAGUUGAUAAUGGGACGUUUGUGGAUGAUGGUCGAGUAUAUGUUCGGUGGGUAAAUGAUAUUGUAAGGUAUGGUAUGUUUGCAGGACGUAAGAUGGAAAAAGGGGAUGUUUUAGGAAUCUAUAAUGGAGUUAUUACGAAACAAGGCGCCGAUCUAGAAUAUGCGUGGCAGUUCAAUAAUUUAGUUGAACUUUUGGAUGACAAUGGAGAAGAAAUAAGAACUUGUAUUGAUGGCAAAUACCAUGGAAAUUAUUUACGCUUUGCUAAUCACCGUGAUGCUAAUCAAAAUGGCAAUCCAACCUACGUUAUAUACGACGAUAUAUGGUGGAAAAGUGAAUCACGUGGAUUGUACAAAUAUCCUUGGAAGUAUUCUAGGCCCAUUACCAGGGACAUUAAAGUCCCGACUCGGCACCAGGAAUUAAGUCUGGGUUGA